AUGAUUUCACGUCGUGACAAGCUCUUGAAUCUACCUUGGGCGCAACAACGCUACGAACAUCAUCGUGCCAAUCUGCAUUCCGCCAAACCGGCCAUCGAUAUGCGCUGCCCACCCUUCUACUCGCAUGUCAUUCUCAAGCCGAAGAAGAUGCAAAAGGAGAAGGAACGUUUGCAUCGCAUCGAAGUAGAAAAUGUGCGACUGUUGCAGAAAUUGGGCGAUAUCAUGAAGACGAAACGAAUGUCGGAUUUGUGGUUGGCACCAAGACCAAAUUUUCUACAUCGCGAAAAAUUAUUCGAAACACGUCCGUACUCGAGCCUACCCAAAUUGAUAACGAUUUAUGGACCGAAAUCAUCAGUGGAACACGAGAUGAGUUUGCAAAGAACUUUGAAAUCGCCGAACUCGCUAAUGGUGCACAGAUGUCCGACUUGUAGUGGAAAACCCGAGCGUACUCAAGUGGCUAUUCCCGAAAAUCGUAUUCCCUGGGAGCAACCGCGUAUUUCACACAACGUACAAAUCAAGAAAAUUUGUGAGAUGAAAAUAUGUUCGGAUUGUGGACAUCCCAAGAAGACGCAUGAAAUGAGAAAAAACUCAAAUGCAGAAAACUAA